AUGCGCCUCACGCACGAUGAUUAUACAGUCGCAUGGAUCUGUGCCCUGCCACUGGAAAUGACUGCCGCGAAGGCUAUGCUGGAUACAUCACACCCUUUAUUGCCACAGGCAGAAAACGAUUAUAAUAGUUAUACCCUCGGAAGUAUUACUGGCCAUAAUAUUGUGGUGGCCUGUUUACCGUCUGGUGUAUAUGGAACAAUAGCCGCCUCGACGGUAAUAUCUCAGCUGUGUUCCACCUUCCCAAGAAUCCAGUUCGGAUUGAUGGUUGGAAUCGGAGGGGGUGUUCCUAGUACCGGGACUGAUAUUCGCCUCGGCGAUGUUGUAGUGAGCAAGCCAACGCCUACUUCCUGUGGCGUGAUACAGUAUGAUUACGGUAAAUCCAUGCACAAUGGACGGUUCCAGCGCACAGGCUCUCUCAACAAACCUCCCCGGGUUCUAUUAACCGCCAUCUCUCAGAUGCAGAGCGAUGAUAUAAUGGGGAAUCGACCAGUUCAGGGCAUAAUAUCGAGUAUCUUGCUCAAAAAUCAAGCAAUGCAGGAACAAUUCUCCCGACCACAUGAAGAUCUAUUGUUUAAUGCCCAAUGUAACCAUCAGACCGGCGCCCUAGACUGCUCUAAUUGUGAUCGCGGCAAGAUAAUAGCUCGUGACCCGAGACCUAUGGAUGGUCCCUACAUCCAUUACGGCUUAAUCGCUUCGGGAGACCAGGUUAUGAAAGAUGCUACUACCCGCGAUAUCAUUGCGCAAGAGAGUGGCAUGGGUGUUCUCUGUUUUGAGAUGGAGGCGGCCGGUCUAAUGGACCAGCUACCGUCUCUUGUGAUUCGCGGUAUCUGUGAUUACUGUGACUCCCAUAAGAACAAAAGUUGGCAAGGCUAUGCCGCCAUUGUGGCUGCUGCCUAUGCUAAGGCUCUCUUAUCCGUGGUUCCGGUCCACUAUCACAACCUGGAGUUACGCAAAACCAAGGGGAAAGCAUGGAUGGUCCCAUUCAGGAAGAACCCACGCUUCAUAGGCCGCGAGUCCGAGAUUGCAGAACUUGAGCGACGGAUAGAGAAAUCGCAAGGGCCGUCUAGGAUUGCGAUCUGUGGGUUAGGCGGAGUUGGAAAGACCCAAAUUGCACUUGAAUUGGCAUAUCGUUUACAAAGCAGGCACUCCGAUUACUCAGUCUUCUGGAUUCCAUGUACGAGCCACGAAAGUGUGGAACAGGCAUACUUGACUCUGGCACAUAUACUAGGAAUGCACAAUGCACAGCCUGCAGAGGCGAAAAACAGUGUGAAGGCUUAUCUUAGCCAGAGAACGGGACGAUGGCUUCUAAUCUUUGAUAAUGCGGAUGAUAUAGAUAUGUGGAUCCAAAGCUGCACCGGUAACCCUAACCCAGUUCUGGUUGAUUUCUUGCCUCAGAGUGAUCAAGGCCGUAUUCUAUUCACGACUCGGAAUCGAAAGCUAGCUGUAAAGCUGGCAUCGUCUAAUGUAAUAGAUAUUUCCGAGCCCGAUAUAGAAACUGCUACGAAAAUCCUUGACAAUCUAUUGAUUAGGAAAGACUUACUUGAUGACAGUGAUGCGACUAAGACUCUGAUCGAACAGCUGGCCUUUCUUCCUCUGGCAAUAGCCCAGGCAGCAGCAUAUAUCAAUGAAAAUGAUAUUAAAUUUACGGAAUAUGUUACGCUUCUGCAGGAACCAGAGCCAGAGGUGAUUGAGCUGCUGAGUGAAGACUUUGGAGAUGGGGAGCAAGACAAAUACGCGAAUCCUGUUGCUACUACCUGGUUAAUCUCAUUUCAACAGAUCCAGAGGUUGAACCAGUUAGCAGCGGAUUAUCUCUCAUUUAUGGCAUGUAUAAGUCCUCGCGACAUCCCACAGUCACUGCUUCCUUCGGCCAUAUCAAAAAGGAAGAAAAUUGAAGCAAUCGGCCUUCUUAAAGCAUUCUCAUUCAUAAAUGAGCAGGCUGAGGGCUUCCUGAGUCUCCAUCGACUUGUAUAUUAUGCAACUCGAAAUUGGAUGAGAAGCAACCAGCAGCUUGACCCGUAUAUUAAGAAAACCGCAGACCAGCUCAGUCAUGUCUUUCCAACUGAAGAUCAUACGAAUCGCAAGAUGUGGAGACAGUAUCUACCUCACGCUGUAGCAUUGAUUACUCAAAGCGAGUUCCAGAAACAACAGGAAACAUAUGCUGCAUUGCUUGAACAGAUUGGAAUGUGCCUGUAUCGGGAUGGAAGAUAUGGUGAAGCAGAAGGCCCAGUGUUACGGGCAAUGGACAUCAACGUACAGAUGCUAGGACGAGAAAAUACUUCUACUCUUGAUAAUAUGGCCAGACUUGCGUGGAUAUACAUGAAGCAGGGCCGAAGGAAGGACGCAGAAGAACUACAAGUAGACGUACUGGCGACUAGCAGGAGAGUCCUAGGACCAAAGGAUCCUGAUACUCUGUCCAGUAUGUCUGACUUAGCAUGCACAUACCAUGAACAGGGUCGACAGAAAGAAUCAGAAGAACUACAGAUACAGGCGCUGGCAGCCCUCAAGGAGACUCUGGGGCCAGAAAAUGCUGUGACUCUAACGAGUAUGAAUAAUCUAGCGUCUGUAUACAGGCACCAGAUGCGUUGGAAAGAAGCAGAAGACCUUGAGUUGCAAGUUAUAAAGUUCCGUAAGCGAGUACUAGGUUCAGACCACCCCGACACAGUGACCGCCAUGAACAAUAUGGCGCUCAUAUACGAUGCACAGGGAAGAUGGAGGGAGGCAGAAGAACUAGGGGCACAGGUAGUAGAGGCGCGGAAAAUGAUUCUUGGUGAAGAACAUCCUGACACUUUGGCAAGCAUGGCUAUCCUGGCGUUGGUAUACCAAGACCAGAGGCGGUGGAAGGACGCCGAGGAUCUGCUGCUGAAGGUAAUAGAGACCCGGAAGGUGGUGUUCGGACCAGAGCACCCGGACACACUUAACAGUUUGGGAUGUCUAGCAUCUACAUACUGGAGCCAGAGACGAUGUAGGGAUGCAGAGGAGAUAUAUUUCGACCUGGUGGCAACCUGCAAGCGCGUACUAGGGCCCGAGCACCCUGAGACUGUGAGAAAUAUGGUCUGGCUAGCGCAUAUAUACUGGCAUCAACGGCAGUGGAAGGAGGCAGAGGAGCUGGAGUUUCACAUCUUGGAGACCCGCAAGCGUGUACUGGGGCCAGAGCAUCCAGACACAUUGGCGGCUAUGCAUGCUCUAGCCCAUACUUGGAAAUCCCGACAGAAGGUUAGAGACGCGUUGGCUUUAAUGGAGGAAUGUGUUGCUCUUCGAAAUAGUGUAUUAGGGCCCGAUCAUCCAGAUGCACUACGCUCUUCCCACAAGCUUGACGAGUUCAAAAAAGCAGAUCACUUAUUAGAUACAAACCAACGGACGCCUGCUCAAGUGGGAAUCGAUCCAUCUAUGAAAGAAACCUCCACAGCUAUAGUGACCACAGCAUCAGAAACCAAGCAUACCAACCGGGCUAAAGGUUUAACGACCGCUAUCAGAUGGCCACCCGAAAGCCAUCCCCUCCUCAUCGCUUCUAGAAGCAAUUCGUCUCUGUCCAAAGAUCACGACUUACGAGAAGUUGAUUGA